CUUUUGGAAAGGGAAGGACUGCGGAGGCCUAGAGAGGGAAGGGAAGUGACCGCGAAUUGUGCACAUCCCCGACUGGAACCUUGCUUGCCUCCCCCUUCACUCUCUCAGUUCCUCCAGAUCCAGCCGGUGCUCUCCCCUGACGUUAAAACGACCCCUCGGCGUGGGGCACCAGGACGCUCACCUCCUCCCUUUGGCGCGUUGAUUCUUAGAAGGGCUCACCGGCCCGCUCGCCCAAUGUUACUGGUGCCCCUAUGGCUCUACAAAUUCGAACCUCAAACACAAAACCAGCAUCUCUCCGUAGGGAACCCCAAGGAGCCAGAAGGGCAGUCAGCCCUGCAGCUUCCAGGGUAGCAUCAAACAGGCUCCCCGGGAACUAGAGGAGAACCACGUGGCUUAGCUCACUCGCGGAAUGCCAGAGAGGAGCCAACCCCCAUUUUGCAGAUAAGGAAGCUGAGACUUAAGGAGGAAUUGGUUUACCUAAGACCUCCCCCCCAACCCCAAGUAGCCUGAGGCAGAGCUAGGUGCAGAGCUAUGUUGAUUGUUCCUACUGUGCACCCACACACAGGCACAGAGGCCAACACGCCACGGAACCGGGCUGAACUGAGGAAAGCCAGAAUGUCAUUGUGGUUUACAGCUUGCAUUUCCCACAGCAGAGACUGUGCCUGACUUUCGAGGCAGUAGUGAAAACACACUCUUUGUAGAAAAACGAAAACAGAGGUUUAGGUCCUGGCUCUUACCCGUAUGACCUUGGAUAUGGCCCUAGAGCUCUCCUAGUGUGUGUCCUGGAAGUAAAAUGGGAUCACAAACUGGGUAGCUCCCCCCAUCCCCCACCCUUUUGGUGCCAAGCCCAAUGACAGCAAGCGUGUGAAGAGCUUUGUUAACUUUCUCACUGCAUGUGAUGCCUAUGCAAAAGAUAAAGUUAUUCUGAGGGUCACUGUUCUUCGGUGAUGAAGUGGGUGGAGGUGCGGUAUAAAGGCAGCCCUGUGCCUGACAUGGAUUGAUCUGUCUUUCGGCAGCCAAGUGCAGGCGUGAACCUUGGUCGGCCCCACACUCUUCUCCAUCCAUAGCCCACGUACUAGAGUUUGGACUUGGACCGAAGUCUGGGGCAGCUCCCUAAUUACGAGGGCGCUGAAGUGUGAUUGUGCCAGUCGGCUGCAAGUGCCUUCAGCAGCUUGUACAUUACCCGCUCCUGCAGGUGCUGCUGCUGCCUCCGCUGUGCUCAAACACAGGUAACACAGGAUUGUCCAUCCUCUGGCAACUUGGUACAAAGGUGUGAACUCGGCUUGUUUCGGAGCCUCCCCACCAUGACCUCCAAAAAGCUGGUGAACUCGGUGGCAGGCUGUGCUGAUGAUGCCCUUGCCGGCCUGGUGGCCUGCAACCCCAACCUGCAGCUCCUGCAGGGCCACCGUGUGGCCCUCCGUUCUGACCUGGACAGCCUCAAGGGCCGGGUGGCACUGCUGUCGGGUGGGGGCUCUGGCCAUGAGCCUGCCCAUGCUGGUUUCAUCGGGAAGGGGAUGCUGACCGGGGUCAUCGCUGGAGCCGUGUUCACCUCCCCGGCAGUGGGCAGCAUCCUGGCAGCCAUCAGGGCAGUGGCCCAGGCUGGCACAGUGGGGACCCUCCUCAUCGUGAAGAACUACACUGGAGAUCGGCUGAACUUUGGCCUGGCCCGGGAGCAGGCCCAGGCUGAAGGCAUCCCAGUGGAGAUGGUGGUGAUUGGGGACGACAGCGCCUUCACUGUCCUGAAGAAGGCAGGCCGGAGGGGCCUGUGUGGCACAGUGCUUAUACACAAGGUGGCAGGUGCUCUGGCUGAGGCAGGUGUGGGGCUGGAGGAGAUCACGAAGCAGGUGAACAUGGUCGCCAAGGCCAUGGGUACCCUGGGGGUGAGCCUAUCCUCCUGCAGUGUCCCUGGUUCCAAACCCACCUUUGAGCUCUCAGCCGACGAGGUGGAGCUGGGCCUGGGGAUCCACGGGGAAGCGGGUGUGCGCCGGAUAAAGAUGGCAACCGCCGACGAGAUUGUGAAACUUAUGCUCGACCACAUGACAGACACCACCAAUGCAUCUCAUGUGCCUGUGCAGCCUGGCUGCUCGGUUGUGAUGAUGGUCAACAACCUGGGUGGCCUGUCAUUCCUGGAACUGGGCAUCAUAGCCGACGCUGCUGUCCGCUCCCUGGAGGGCCGUGGGGUGAAGAUUGCCCGUGCCCUAGUGGGCACCUUCAUGUCAGCACUGGAGAUGCCUGGUGUUUCUCUCACCCUCCUGCUGGUGGAUGAGCCUCUCCUGAAACUGAUAGAUGCUGAAACCACUGCAGCAGCCUGGCCUAACGUGGCUGCAGUCUCUGUUACCGGGCGGAAGCGGAGCCGGGUAGCCCCUGCGGAGCCCCAGGAGGCCCUUGAUUCCGUUGCUGCAGGAGGCUCAGCCUCGAAGCGGAUGGCGCUGGUGCUGGAACGGGUGUGCAGUACCCUCCUGGGCCUGGAGGAGCACCUGAAUGCCCUGGACCGGGCUGCCGGCGACGGUGACUGUGGCACCACCCACAGCCGUGCAGCCAGAGCGAUACGGGAGUGGCUGAAGGAGGGCCCACCCCCUGCCAGCCCUGCCCAGCUGCUCUCCAAGUUGUCGGUCCUGCUUCUGGAGAAGAUGGGAGGCUCAUCUGGGGCGCUCUAUGGCCUGUUUCUGACAGCAGCUGCCCAGCCCCUCAAGGCCAAGACCAGCCUCCCAGCCUGGUCUGCUGCCAUGGACGCCGGCCUGGAAGCCAUGCAGAAGUAUGGAAAGGCUGCCCCAGGGGACAGGACUAUGCUGGAUUCUCUGUGGGCAGCAGGGCAGGAGCUCCAAGCCUGGAAGAGCCCAGGAGCCGAUCUGUUCCAAGUCCUGACCAAAGCAGUCAAGAGUGCCGAAGCUGCAGCCGAGGCCACCAAGAAUAUGGAAGCUGGAGCCGGAAGAGCCAGUUAUAUCAGCUCAGCACGGCUGGAGCAGCCAGACCCUGGGGCGGUGGCAGCUGCUGCCAUCCUCCGGGCCAUCCUGGAGGUCUUACAGAGCCAGGGUGUGUAACUGCCUCCCUCUGCCUCAGCUCCUCUCACUGCUGCUGUGUUGAGGCAGCCUUUGUCACUUCCUCUGCCUUCCAUUCGUCACCUUCUCCCAGCCUGGACCCCUUGGCCUGCCCUCUAAGUUGAGCAGGAAAUCCUUCACCAAGAUUCCAGAGCUACAGACAACACCCAGAGCGAGCCGGAGUGGGUCCCCAUGCCUCUCCAGUAUGCCCUCUCCCUUUGCAGGAGGGUGGAGUCCCUGGGCCAUACCACCCUCCCCUGCCAGCUCUGGACUUCAGAAAUAAGGCAUUUUCCUUGUGCAGCCUUUACCUGGCAAUCCUAAUUUGGUUUUAAGACUCGCUAUGAAAUGCCUUUCGCACCUUAACCCCAGUGAGUGUGGAAAAGAAAGUUAAUAAACUAUAACACAUGGAAGUAAGAAAGCCACUGCCUUCUCUGAGGAACCUUCCCCAAAGCAUGUGAACCAGGGGCCCACAGCCCUGGCCACAGGCAUCAUGAACCAUCUCCUACCAGGCAGAUCUCUAUUACUUGAGGCCCUAACAUAGGGUCUCCUCAGCUGGGCUGCUUCCAAGGGGCCCCCACCCAUCCCCCUUCCAAUACACAUACCUGAUAUGUGUAAGAAUGCUAGAAAGGCUUUCCUCAGCAUUGAAUUAACAAUUCAGUGGCUCCUCAGGAGUUAAAUGGGUAUUUGGGACACCAGAAGGAAAAGAAAUCAUCAUGGUCUAAGGUUCAGUUAUGGAUCAGAAAAUGCAGCCAGGCUGGGCGUAGUGGCUCACACCUGCAAUCCCAGCACUUUGGAAGGCCGAGGCAGCAGAUCCCUUACACUCAGGAGUUCAAGACCAGCCUGGGCAAUAUGGUGACACCCCGUCUCUACCAAAAAAAAAAAAAAACAAAAUUAGCCAGGUAUGUAUGUGUGCCAGUAGUCCUAACUUGGGAGGAUGGCUUGGGCCCAGGAGAUCGAGGCUGCAGUGAGCUGUGAUCAUGCCACUACAUUCUAGCCUGGGCAACAGAGCAAGACCCUGUCUCAAAAAAAAGGAAACUGCAGUCAAGCCAGCCCCUGGGUCUCUUUCUAGAGCAAUUGCUGAUGGCAGGGUGAGCAGGGGUACUCUGUGCAUGUGGAGACAAAUAGCACAUGCCUGGCAUGCAUGUAGGGCAAGGAGUGGUUAAAGGCACUGGCUGUCGACUCAUACACAUGACCUGAAAUCUGCUUCUGCUUUAACCUGGCUACAUGAGCUAAGGCCUAUUUUUUAGCCCCCUGGGAUCUCUAAAAUCAGAACGGUACCCACCUCACCGAGACAUGAAAGCAUUCAAAUAUGCUGAUGAAGAUGAAGCUCAGCACAGUCCAAGUGCUCACUCACUGGAGUUACGGUUAUCACGGGAAAGAGCCUCCUGCCCGCCCCCCCAAACCCCCGUCACCUACUUAGCCUAAAUUUGGCUGUGGGCUCCCGCAGUGGCUGGGCUUCUCUACCCAGGGUCCUGUCUGUCAGCUGUACCGUACGUCCCUGACCACAAGGUAUCCAAGUGCACAGGGGUAUGUGCCCAUCAGCUGGGAAGGAGGUUGGCCUCAGAUGGUGGCCUGUAGAUCCCAGCUCUGCCAUUUCCUGGCUGGGUGACCUCAAGCCAGUAGUCACUUACCCUUUUUAAGUCUUGUUUUCCCAGAUUAUGAAAUAGGAAAAAUUUCCUUCCUCGUGAGAUAAGCAUAUGCCAUUAGCUAUCAAGGACAUCGGCACAUAAAUGAACUGCAUGUGAAUCCACACAUGUGACUCCAUUAAGACAGAGAAUCAUGUGGAUCUCUGGUGCCUUCCGGUUGGCCCCUCCUUAGGGCUGUGAGGGUCAGACCUGUCCUGAGGCUUUUACAAAUUGGCCAGAACUCAUUUGACCACAGCAUCAUUACAUCAGAGGGUCAUAUUAGAGACUGAACGUUUGUGCCCUCCCCACCCCAGAUUCCUGUGUUGAAACGCUCACCCCACUAUGAUAGUGUUAGGACGUGGGGCCCCUGGAUGUGACCGGGUUAUAAGAGUGGGGCCCCAGAGCUCUCACACCCUUUCCACCGUGUGAGGUCAUGGUGAGAAGACGGUCUCUGAGGAAGCUGGCACUUGCCUCACACCAAAUUUGCCAGCGCCUUGAUCUUAGAUGUCUGUAGCCUCCAGCACCGUGAGAAAUAAACGCUUGUUGUU